AUGGGAUCAGCCGGGAAUCUGUCGCACGGCCAACAAUCGUCUCGAAAGCGGGCGCGCUAUGUGCUGCACGCAUGUGAAAGAUGUAAGAGGCAGAAGAUUCGUUGCAACGGCGAACAGCCUUGCGACAAAUGCAAAGUGAAACGGCCGAAGGAAUGCUCGUACGGACAGUGGCGGCAUAUCAACUGGGACCCGCUGCAGUCGCAUCUGGACACUGACGCCGGGAACAAUAGUCUAAAGGACGGAGGUGAAAAUAUCGCCAAUAGUGAUGGGUCUCUAUCUGCAUGGAAUAUCGAGUCAUUUAGACAUCUGGAGAGCUUACUGCAAUCUCAGUCCGCAAAGCUAGAUCUGCUCUUAGAAAGAUCAGGGAGAUCACAGGACGGUGAUGGAUUACAGACGACCAACGCGGGCGAGACUCAUAUCGAUCAGGCGGAACCAGCCUUCAAUCUCAUAAAACCAGCACAAGCAGACGGGGGUCGUCACAAUGAGAGUGCUGUUGGGUCGGAUGAGAAUGCGGAUGCUCAAGUCCGAUCGCCAACGGCGCCUCUACCAUUGUACUGCGGUCCGUCUAGUUCUUCAUUUUGCAUCAGCAUCGUAGGUGUGACUCUGAACAAAACAUACGGCACCACGACCCGCGAGCAGGUUAUCCUAGAACCCGCCACUGUGUCCAUAUUGAAUGGUGAUAUUGUCAUUGACCACGACGAGCGUCCUGAGGAAGAUCCACCAGAGCCGAGCCUACAUACUCCGUUGAUCCCCGUGCCAGUGGACCGACAUGACGAGUCUCUCCGUCUCCUUCAAGAGUUGAAUCAAGAACGAGCUCUCGACAUGAUAUGCGCCUACGAUGACCUCGUGGGUGCGAUGCAUCCGGUUCUGCUUAAAGAUGACUUGUUGCGGAAGACCACCAAAUUAUAUACGCUCAUGGGAGUGCCGACUACUCGAGGGGUUUCCAAUAUCCAACUAGACCAAGCCGACGUGAGCAUUGUCAAGAUGGUGCUGGCAACUGUGUUGGUCAUGGAAGGGCCCCAAAACCAUGAGAUGGCUUCCAAACUAUUCAAGAGCAUCCAACGGGAUGUGGAAGCGAAGAUCUGGACCACGGCGACAGAAGUCAGAGACCUGCAUCUCCUCAUCCUAGUUGCAAUUUAUCACUUCGUCAAAGGGAGUUGGCGACUCGCGUGGAGAGUGACGAAUAACCUAGUGCGCAUGGCACUGGAGCUUGGACUGAACCUGAAAAAGGUUGUUGUCCGCACAUUCGAGGACUCCGCAAAACGUAUCAACGUGGUCAAUACGUUCUGGACGAUUUUCGUGCUCGACCGACAGAUGAGUUACGCUUUGGGGCUACCCAAGAGUCUAGAAGACGCGGACGUUGACAACGGUCUUCCGCUCCCUUAUAGCGAGCCUUAUCUCAACGCCAUGGUGGAGUACUGCCACCUGGGCUCAAAAGCAUGCGACUCGCUUUCAGAAGCCCUAUGCGGCCAACCACGCGGGACCGCAGAGUGGCAGGAGUCCUUUGAGUACUUUCGCUAUCGUCUCGACCAGUGGCAGAGGAUGCAUAUUGAUGGUGACAUACAGGCCGCCGGGGAUAUAUCUGGGAGCAGGAGGAUCCGUCAUCCACGUACGGUGCUCUACCUCCGAGCCAACCAACUGCGUCUUCUCAUGCUGCGUCCGGUCCUUUGUGGCUUCAACAACAAUCUCAGCGCCGACGGCCAGCACUGGGACACCGCCGUGGGUAUCGCCUGCGACACGGUGCAGGUUGUGGCAGAUCUGGAAAGCACAAGUGAUCUAUAUCAAGCCCACCAGACACAGUACAACUACUUUCUUGUCACGGCACUAGGCGUGCUCCUUCUCCUGGGGCUGGCUCAGGAUCCGCAGUCCAGCUCGCCUUCAAACAUCUCGAACAAUGCACAAGUCGGACCGGCCACGCACGACAAGGCGCGCAAAGCCGCGAUCACGACACUUGGCCUUCUCAGAUCUACCAUGAAUCACUCGCCUGCAUCCAAACGCCUGUGGCUAAGAGCUUAUUCCAUGUGCCUUCGUCUCGGGGUCAUUUCCGACGAUCAAAUGGAUCUUUCUGCUGGCAUGGUGUCCGAAUUCGGUCCACCAAAGGCUACAAACGGCGUGGUCGACUUCUCCAACAUGGUCUUUUCGGAGUUCGGAAGUGGACUGGAGGAAAUUCAAGUCUCUUUCACCCCUGAUUUCGGGUGGCUGCUUCCUGAGUUCGAAGCUAUCUGA